AUGCUGCUCUGGGGUUUCCUUGGUUUUGUUGUGGAGGCUCAGGGUAGUGUUUUUUCUAAUCCUACCCUGCUGGAUUGUAGCCAAGAAAGCCUACAGCUCACCUUACCUCCAGGCUGGGAAGGGAACGCGACCUUUGUGCUGACUACUUGGGAUACUGAGGGGAAGGCACAUGCUCUACAGAAUAACUCUGACUGCGGGCUCUUGGUAUCUGGGACUCCAGGGGGCUCUAGGAAAGUAUUGGUCUCCUAUACUGGCUGUUACGUCUUCAAAUGGGAUGGCAGUUACCUCAUGCUGGUUGGGCUUGAAGGAAUAGAUGCUGCUGGACAAAAGGUUCUUUAUGAGGAGAAGUUGUUCAAGUGCCCUGUGGACAUUCCUGCUCUGGAUGCUCCAAGCAGUAGUGUCUGUUCUGCUGCCUUCAGCCAAGACCGGCUGCCAUGUGGCCCCUUGCCUACCAGCCAGGGAGACUGUGAAGUGCGAGGCUGUUGCUACGACCCAAAGGACAGAGUGAAGCCUUGUUACUUUGGUAACACAGUGAUGGCUCAUUGCACAGCAGAUGGCCAGUUUUCCAUUGCUGUCUCUUGGGAUGUGACCAUGCCACCGGACUCUGUGCAGCUGGCCAGUGGGCACAGUGCUGGCUGUGUUCCUGUUGUGAAGAACAAUGCCUUUGUUGUGUUCCAGUUCCCACUCUCUGCUUGUGGCACCACUUUUCAGGUGACUGGAGACCAGGCCAUCUAUGAGAAUGAGUUGGUGGCAUCCAGGGAUGUGAAGACUGUGAGCCUUGGCUCUGUCACUAGGGAAUAGCACUCUCAGUUACAUGUCCGCUGUAGUUACUCCAUCAUUGGGAGCUUCAUUCCCUUGAGUGUUCAGGUCUUCACAUUGUCACCACUCCCUGCUGUGUCUCAGCCAGGUCCCUCCUUGGAACUUUGUAUUGCCUCAGAUGGAAGCUAUGCUUCCUACUAUACUGACAGUGACUAUCCUGUUGUGAAGACUCUGAGAGAUCCUGUUUAUGCAGAAGUCAAGAUCCUUCAGAGAACAGACCCAGACCUGGUUUUGGUCCUGCACCACUGCUGGGCAACACCAAGUAUCAAUCCCCAGCAAGGGCUACAGUGGCCUAUUUUGGUGGAUGGGUGUCCAUAUGCAGGAGACAAUUAUCAAACACAGCUGGUGCCUCUGAGUUUUGCCUCAGGACUACGGUUCCCCUCUCAUUACCAGCGUUUCACCCUCUACACAUUCACUUUUGUGGACACUGCUUCCCAAGAGAUGCUCUCUGGGCUGGUGUACCUGCACUGCAGUGCCUCAGUGUGCCACCAGUCUGUACAGGAGUCCUGCAUCACCACUUGCCCUGGUAGAGCCAGAGGUAAAAGGAGUGCUGAGCAUCCUCUUCAGGACCACGUCUCCAGCAAAGGCCCUGUGAUUUUCCUUCAGGAUGAGAUAAGAUUGGAUACAGACAAAGAUGGCCUUGGAGCUGUGCAUGCUGCAGCCCCUUGGGUGCUGGGCUUUGCUGCUGUGGUAACUGGGGCAGCUCUGUGCAUCAUGCUUGCAGCUGCUCUGCUGUGGCAAAGGAAAGUGUCU